AAUCGUCAAAGUCAAACACCAGCGACAACCAGACAACUCAUCACACACUCAUCACACACUCAUCAUACUCAUCACACUACUCAUCACACUCACACGUUGACUCGACUCCAGAGUAGAUGGAGGGCUUUGUCGCUCAGCUCGUUGCGCACGAAUCCGCCGUCGCAGGGGCCAUCUCGGCCUUCCUCGCCGCCUGCAACGCGCGCCCGGUCGUCCGCCAGCUGCCCGUCGUGCAGACGUCAAAGCAGCUCGUCACCGCGUUCCAGGGCUUGGUCCAGGCAGUCACCGCCCUCGAGCACGCAGUCCCAGACCAGGAAGUCGCAGAAAUCCGAAUCUCGCGCGAUGCAAUCAACAGCGCGGCGUCGCAGUUCCUGGCGCUGCUCAAGACCUUGCUGGGAGGAGCAACAGCGAGCGCGAACGGUGGCGGCGAUCCCACCAACGGUGGCGCGACGACGGACGACGUGACGGAGCGCACACAGCGAUUCAUGCCCUCUUUGGUGGAGUGCCUCAUUCAGCUUGCCAAGCACUGCAAGGAACUUGUUGGUCACGCCAAGCGACUCGCAAGCAGUCAAACUCCUGCACGCGUGGCCUCUCCCGUGGCUGCGACCCCCCAAGCCAGUCACCCGCCGCUACCGCCGCCCAACCUGCGCGGGCUCGGAGGUCACGCGUCGCCACCGCCUGCUGCUGCUGCUGCUGCUGCUGCUGCUGCUGCUGCUGCCACCCCCAUCACGCCGACUACUGGUGCGACCAACGGAGUUGCAACCGCCGUGGUUUGCGCCAAGUGCACCAAGCCGUUCACCGCCGGCAGCAAGUUGCUUCAGUACCAAGGCCGCCUCUAUCACCAGGACUGCUUCCUCUGUGGCAAAUGCGCGCGUCCAAUCACCUCGCCAGAAUUUCUCAUCCUUAAUAACGCGUGUCUCUGCAACGCAUGCUCCCCUUCCUGCCGCACCUGCUCGCGCACCAUCGUCAAAGAUCAUGUGAGUGCCUUUGGUGAAAACUACCAUCGCGACUGCUUCCGGUGCGUCGAAUGCAACCAGCCCAUCACAAACCUCAGCAAGUUCUACCGCCGUCAGCGCGGAGCGUGCUGUCCCAACUGCAUCCAAGCCGUGUUUGAGCGUCGCUGGAGUCCCAGCAUGCAAACCACGAUUGAAGUACCGCCAUCGCCCACUGCGCACAGCAGCCACGCCAACAACCACAGCAACCGCAACAACAGCAACAACGACGAUAGGGACAACCCUUACAUUCCCCGACCAAGCUCUGCGCAUGUUGUGAGCAACUCGGAGCCUCAGUACGCCGAGGUUGGAGCAGCUCUCGAUCGAAAUACGGAUGAAGACAGCAACGACGACCUUCGCUUCGUCGCCGAGGAGCGUUCCAGAUCGAAAACACAUCCACUCGCCCAAAAUGUCUUGCCAGCGGCUGUCAUGGCGUCCAUGACUGCCGCCCAACCUCCGGCCUCGUCGUCAUCGCUCGGUCCUUGCCACCUCGACCAAGUCUUGCACAACGAUUUUGGCAUUGACAUGCUGAUCAAGCACUGUGCCGCAGAGUAUUGCAUCGAGAACCUCUUCUUUUGGCUGGAUGUCGAGCAAUUCCGAAACUUUGACGGCGAUCUCGACGAUGUCAUGCUCUACGCAAAGUCGAUCGACCACAAGUACAUUAUGAGUGGCGCCGAGCUGUUUGUCCAGUUCCCCGAGCCAAUCAAGGCCCUGAUUCAAGCGCGCAUGUCUGCGCCCGAGUUGCCCAUGUUUGACGAUGCACAACGGUGGGUGUACGGCGAAAUCGAGGCCUCGGUUCUCCCGCGCUUCCUCAAGAGUGAGUUUGGCAAGAAAUAUGUCGAGCGUGUUGUUCAAGAGCUGAACAAGCAGAGUGACAGAAUCGUGUCCGACUUUUAUGGCGGCGCGCUCCGAGCCUGGAUUUCCAACUUUGAAAAGCGACACGAUCCUGAAAAGUACUAUGUGUACGAGCUGACUGUCGAGCGAGGGACGGCGCGAUUCGUCGUGUAUCGCCGCUACAGCCAAUUUUUGCGACUGGAGCGCGAGUUGGAAACCCGUUUCCCCACGGAGAGCUUCCCCAGCUUCCCGCCCAAAAUUCUAUUCCGACGCAGCCACGUGCGCGAUGUGGCCAAGGUUCGGAUGCGCGAUAUCAAUGCGUAUCUCGAGGGCAUGUUGAGUAUGCGACCGCACAUCUCCAACUGCGAUAUUGUGCAAAACUUUUUUGCGCAAACCGAUCAGGAUGCCAAGGACGAGGAAUUUAACAAGCGUUUGAGCAUGGUUGGCGCCGGUCGACGGCCUCCAAGCGCACGCUAACUUCUUCCCAUGCGGGUGUGGUCAUUUUUUUUGUGUGUUCAGGCUACUGGUUUGUCCAUAGCAUUUGUUUUUGUUUUUUUUUUCGUUGUAGCCGAACUGGUGUUUUUUUUUGGUUGUUGCUUGGUUUUGUGUGCCAGUAUAUUCAUUAACUCUCAG